GUGGACCUUCACCGGACAACAACACAGACUGGCUGCAAAUUACUGGGUGCUGGAUGUAAUGGAGAAAGGACAAAUGAGUCUGUUAUGUAGAAAGGAUCCUCACAGCUCCCUGUAAGUGGGACAGAGACAUCCACCAGGACGGACGAGAGGAGGGCUGCCUGAGGCGGAAGAGUGGCAUCGGUCGGUGAGAGAGAAGGGGUAGAGAAUCACCCUAGCACCCCGCCCCUAGAAUCACAGAGCUGGAGGCAUGUCUAACCAGACCCAGAUCUUUGGCAUUGAUGGACCAGGCAGCCUGCUGGCAGUGUUGGCUUCACAAAGGGCCAGCAGCAUCAGCACCAGCAGCAGUGAAGGAAUCUCGGCUGCAGCUGUGUCCGCCUACAUCAAGCUGGUGUUCCUGGGCCUGAUCCUCUGUGUUAGCCUGGUGGGCAACCUGCUGGUGUCUCUGCUGGUCCUCCGAGACCGGGCCCUCCACAAGGCCCCCUACUUCUUCCUGCUGGACCUGUGCCUGGCUGAUGUUGUCCGCUCUGCUGCCUGCUUCCCCUUCGUCCUGGUGUCUGUCCACAACAGCUCCGCGUGGACCUACAGCACCUUCAGCUGCAAGCUGGUGGCCUUCCUGGCUGUGCUCUUCUGUUUUCACGCUGCCUUCAUGCUGUUCUGUGUGGCUGUGACUCGCUACCUGGCCAUUGCCCAUCACCGUUUUUACACCAAGCGCAUGACAGUCUGGACCUGCGCUGCCAUCAUCUGCAUGGUGUGGACUCUGGCCAUCGCCAUGGCAUCGCCACCCGUCUUUGACGUGGGGACGUACAAGUUCAUUCAAAACGAGGACCAGUGCAUUUUUGAGCACCGCUACCUUAAGACCAAUGACACUCUGGGUUUCAUGCUCAUGCUGGCCGUCGUGGUCCUGGCCACUCACGGUUUCUACGCCAAACUCCUGCUGUUUGAAUACAAGCACCGCAAGAUGAAGCCUGUCCAGCUAGUGCCGGCCAUCAGCCAGAACUGGACCUUUCAUGGACCAGGAGCCACGGGCCAGGCAGCGGCCAACUGGAUCGCAGGCUUCGGCCGGGGCCCAAUGCCCCCCACCCUGCUUGGCAUCAGGCAGACUUUGCACAACCAGCAGCAUCGGCGUCUGAUGGGCAUGGAGGAGGUGAGGACGGAAAGGAGGCUGGGCAGGAUGUUUUACAUCGUCACCCUGCUGUUCCUGGUGCUCUGGGCUCCCUACAUAAUGGCCUGCUUCUGGAGGGUGUUUGUCAAGUCCUGCUCCAUCCCACACAGGUACCUCUCCAUCACAGUGUGGAUGAGCUUCGCCCAGGCAGGGGUCAACCCCAUCAUCUGCCUCCUUCUCAAUGAGGACUUGAGGAAAGUGCUGAGGGCCCACCUGCCCACCUACAGCAGGACUAGACAACACCAACAGCUGCACCGCCAUGAGCUGUUGGUGUUCACCAUCACAUGAUGCACUACUGCAGGGGUGUCAAACAUACGGCCCGUGGGGGGGGGGGGGGAAUUCCAAUUCAAUUCCAAUGUACAAUGUAUUUUUAGAAAAAAAUUUUUUGGGGGGGAAACAAACUCAAUAUACUUUAAAAUGACUAAAACCAUAUCGAAACUGUGUAGAAAUGAUAAUGGACCUACAUUCAUAAGGUUUCUUGACUGGGUCCAGUCAUCACCGAAAUGAAAGCUAGACAGUCAGGGAGCAUCGGGGGGGAAAAAUAUAUAUAUGGAUAGACUAUUUUGACGCAGAGGAAAUAUAAACAAUUUUCAGUGCGGCCCUCUGUACCUCGUUGAAGACCGAAUGCGGCCCCUGGGGCAAAAUGAGUUUGACACCCCUGCUCUACUGAAUCGAGUGAUGGUGGUGGGAUCGGUGUGUUUUGUUUGUAUUAUACUGAAAUGGCUAUCUGACUUUUUUUUGGUAAAGAUAAUGUUUAUCAGAUGCUACUAUUUUUGCAAAUGAAUUAUGACUUUGUUUCAUAUGUAAUGUACAUAUCGUGUGUACAUGCAGUAUGAGAAGCAGGUUUGUAGUAAUACUUGGUAAUUAACAUUAUCCAUAGAUUCUCAUUUAUAUGGCUGAAAAUUUCAAAACUAUUAACAGUGAUUUUCUCUAGUUCAAUGGAGGGGAUUGCAACUGUCACAAAAAAAGCAAAGCAUAGGUUAUCAUCAGCUGCAAAUGGAUAAUGAAUCUAGAUUGGAAAGAAUCUCAUGUGAAUUGUAAUAGGACCCAUAUGAUUAAAAAAAAACAUCUUUAACCAUCAGGGAACCACCAAUAUAACCUGGGCACAAGUUUGUGCCUUCUAUAUUCCAAAUAAUCAUACAAAUCUUAUGACAUUCACUAAUUUAAACAAGAGUAAUGUUUGGAAUUCAGUGCCAAUGAUUUGACUUAAAUAUGUCUGAACAUUCCCUUGUUCAAAGACAACCCUUUCUAAAGGCAGAGAGCAACAAAGUAGCAUGCUUUACAAACAUUUUUUAUGGUUCCCAGACUGAAGUUUGCAAAUGUUUUGACAUUGAAAAACCAACUGAGAAGUGAAAUGGGGUUUAAAAAUAUUAGAGGGGUCUGGCAUUGUUUUCUAAGAUAUCCUGUUGUACAGUAUUUAAAGGGAUUGUUUUUUCCCCACUCACCAAUAAAGUCUACUUUUGAUGCAUUUUGAUCUGGCCGCUGACGUCAGUUGCUAUGGGAUCCAUAUUCUAAGCAAUUUGAGAAACACAACACAAAUUGAGCUCAACAUGCAGUUGGUAUAAUAAAAUAUUCAUUUUAUUUUGCCAGUUGUACAUUCUUAAGAAAAAGGCAUGUUUUAUUUACAGAAAGAUAUGGACCAAGAUCACCUAGUAAUGCUCAAUAUACAGUGUAGCUUUGGCCACUGAAUGACAUCCUGUAGGGAAAGUCUGGAGCAGUAUGUACAACGUAUCUCAGAGUAGAAGUGCUGAUCUAAGUUCAGGUCCCCCCCUCCCUCCAUGUAAUCUUAUUCAUUGUGAUCUAAAAGGCAAAACUGAUCCUAAAUCAGCACUCCUACUCUGAGACGCGUGAUACAUAUGGAUUACGGCCCCUGGUCAAAUGACAUAAGAUCUCACACUGGGAAGAGGUCCUACAAUUUUGUCAGUCUGACUUAAACAACCCAGCACAACCUCUGAGGGGACAGAGUAUAUCCAACAAUGAAUGUGAGGCUUCACACAUGAAUGACAGUCUGUGUAAUUCAUGGUUUUAACCAGCCUAUUGAAUUGCAGUCACAAGAAAGCUCUUUAAAAUGUCUCUGUCAACGGUAGGGCUGGGAAUUGCCAGGGACCUCACGAUACGAUAUACUUAGGUGCCAAUACGAUAUGUAUUGAGAUUCUCACGAUUCUAUAUGUAUUGCGAUUUGAUAAUGUGAUUUUAUUGCAAAAUGAGUUUUGAUCAGUUAUGGAAAUAAAAGUGCUGAAAACAUUUUAGCUCCCUAUCUAAAAAGAAGAUGGAGAACAAGCUAUGAUGGGA